CACUUGCCCUGGAUUGUUUGCAAUUAAUCACCCUAGUCCUUCACAUCAGUUAAGGCCUGGAAUAUGAAACGCGCAAUAGCCCCUGAUUCACCUGACGAUGUGGGCCAACGGCCAGCGAAGCUGCGACGUCGAGACAGUUCAAGUACAGUUCCCAUACCAUCGAGCAAAAAGCAGGAGCAGAUUACACUGCAACCGCCUUCACCUUUGUCGAACAAUGUUAGCAGCAGGAAAAUUAACGAACAGGAAUGUGGACAUUCUGCGAUUGUACCUCCGUCGAAACCGAUCAACAAACGUCAAGAGAUACUUCAGUGGAUACCGUGCCCGUCAGAGGAGUUUGACGAGGUUGAUAUUAUGAGUCAGCCUGCAUCGAAAAGAUCACGCUCACAAUCAACGUCGACCGACCGUGGACGGACUCGUUCCGUUUCACCCAGUGCGAGUGCCUCCUCCCGAGAUGCCAAAUCAUAUGCAUAUAAGGCCGUGAACUAUGUGACAAUUCUGGAAACCAAAGGUUGCUUUAUGCGCCAGUCGCCCGCCGGUCCGACUUCCGAAGAAGUCGCGCUUUGCCAGCGACUCCUCCAUCAACCAGUGGAAACUCCACGCGGAACCCUCUUUGACAACGAGUUCAUUGAGGGCUUUCACGACGCGUUACGAAAUCGAUCAGAAGCGCGACUAUUAAUAGAUUUACAUCCGCUCCUCAUACCAUCUGCAGAGAAUCUGUUCAUCCAAGGGAAGGAGGAACUAAGAGAUGUGAUUGAUGGCUACAAUGAUCCAUGGCUGAAGACGGAGCCAAUCUAUGGUCCCAAACCACAGCCAGAUCAUGCCCGAGGCUUGAGAUGGUCAACCUUUUCAGACAGCCAGCGGCGAAAACUUGGAAUCAAGCCUGAUGAAAAAUCUCUAUAUGCAGUGCGAGAAGAUAUGUACUUCCCUUACUUAACGGCAGAAGUCAAGUGUGGGAACCAGGCUUUGGAAUUUGCGGAUCGGCAGAAUAUGCACAGUAUGUGUAUUGCUCUUCGGGCUGUGGUCAGCGUAGCUCAAGCAGCCGGUUGUUCGGAAGAAGUGCACCGGAAGCUCCUUGGGUUUUCAAUUUCACACGAAUUAGAGAGUGUGCGAAUCUACGGGCACUAUCCUGAGAUUGGUGAAGACGGAAUUAAAUAUUAUCGCUGGUUAGUGAAGCAGUUCAAUAUUUGGACAGAGGAGGAUAAAUGGGCAUGUUAUCAUUUUGUGGAGAAUCUUGAUCGCGAAUUCCUUCCUAUCCACACCGGCCGAUUAAUGCAUUUGCUGGAAGAAAUUCCUGAUCCACAAGACGUCCCUUUCGAGCUCGAUAUCGAUGAUGAGAUUGGCUCCCAAUCACGAAUCUGGUCCCAGGAACGGCCCGCAUAUAGCCGGGCCCCAUCUGCACAGAAUCGGGGCUUACAGCCGGAGCUCCGUAGCAUGAUUCAAGUCUUACAACAGCAAUUAGAGGAACAAAAAUUACAGCAAGAGCAACUAUCAGCAGAACAGAAGGCACGAGAAGAGAGACUAGCAGCAGAGCAGAAAACACGAGAAGAGAAGCUUCUCGCUCAACUGGAGCAGCAGAAAGCACGGGAAGAAAAACUCCUCGCUCAGUUGGAACAACAACAAGAAAGACUUUUCAAACUCUUAGAGCAGAAAGAGAUAUGACCUAACAAUCAGACCUAAGCGAUAUGAGGUGAUUAAUAUGAACGAUAAUAUGAACUAGUAAGAACAGUUGGCUAGCGAGAUUGUAUGUAUAUUCAGUUCUCCGCCUUCUCGGUAUACAGCAGGUUCCAAAGCCCGGCUUUUAUAGGUAGUUUGGGUCACUGGUUUAUAUAGGACCCACCGGGCAUGUAGGGUUGACUUAACUUGUAAGCUAUUGUGAGAGGUAAUCUUGGGGGCUAUGUUUCUGGACUGCCUCAUUGGAUAUCCAGGUUA